AAUAGUUCGAUUUAAAAAUUAAGAAGAAAAAAACUCCGAGGAAUUGAAGCUGACAGAGAAGAUAUGGGCAAACGGAAAUUUAAGAAAAGUGUUGAAGGGUCGCUUGCGGAGAGGAGGCGACGUAUACAGCAAGCAAAAAGAGAAGUGGCUAUCGAAUCUAAGGGAAAAGCAUCUAAAAAAUACAGUGUAGAACAACUUUUGGAGAAGGCAGAAGAUUGUAUUGAUCGAUUUGAAUAUGAAGUUGCCCAAAAGUUCUGUCAGAGGGCUUUGGAGAUGGAGCCUGAUAAUAUUCUGGCUCUGGAAACAACAGGAUCCCUUCUGUUAGAGCUUGGAAAUCAGGAGGCUGCAAAACAGUGUUUUGGCCGAGCUGUGGAAGUCUGUCCUAACCAAGGCCAUUCAAAGUACAUGUACCUAGGGCAGUUGUUUGAAGGUGCACAGGCAGUUCAAUGCUUCCAGAAGGGAAUAGAAUUAAUGAUGAAGGAGCAUGAGGCGAAACAAGCAUCAGAGUUGGCAGCUGCCUGUGGGGGUGGACCACGAGAUGGGGUUUCAAGUGAAGAAAUUUGCAACGCCUACCUGUCCCUGGCAGAACUUUACAUGACAGACUGUUGCAUGGAGGAGGAUGCAGAUAUAAAAUGUGAACAGUACAUAAACCAAGCUGUAGCAAUUGACAGUGAGAAUGCUGAGGCCUAUCAGAUGAUGGCCAGCUAUCAACUCUCUAAAGAGAAUGAUGAGAAGGCUACAGAGAUGAUUAAGAAGAGUGUAUCAUUAUGGUUACCCAAAUAUAAAGCAGCUGACAAAGGAGAAGUUCCUGAUGAGGAGUUUAAUCCACUGGAGUUGACUCCACUCAGUUUUGAUACUAGGAUAGCAGCAGCCAAAAUAUUAACAGAAGUGAAAGAAUAUGAGACUGCGGUGGAUGUAUUAGAAGGUUUACUAGAUGAGAAUGAUGAGGUUCCACAAGUCUGGUAUAUGAUUGGCUGGUCCAACUACCUACAGGGCCAGGACUAUAAGGAGAAUGCCCGCUACUACCUGCAGCAGGCAAAACAGGUGUAUGAAAAGAUUAAAUGUGAUGAUCCAGAACUUUUGAAACACAUAGAGGAACUAAUUGAGGAGAUUGGCCCAGGCGAGGAAGAGGAAGAUGGCAAUGAGGAUGAAGAUGUAGGAGAUGAUUUUGACAGUGACAGUGAUGAUGAAAUUGAUAGUAAAACAAACGAUGAAGCAAUGGAGCACUGAGGUCAUUAAUAAUCAAUAAAAAUUGUUCAAAACUGUUUCUCCUCAGUUCAUUUUAUCUACUGACAACAGGAAUAUAAACACAACUAUUGGUGUGCACAUCUGUGUGUUAUCAACAUGUGACAUUUUGAAGAAUAACAAGGGAAGACACGUUUCCUACCUUCAGUACUACCAUCAAGCCACCAGUUCAAAGAAGUUGUUAGAUUUUGUUUAUGUUCACCUAUUAUACAAGAUGUUAAUUUGCCAUGUAUAUAUGUAACAGGGGUCCUUGUUUAUUUCAGAGUCGCUAAUUGCAUUCAAACCUUAGGCCUCUGGGUUAAUUAUCUUAUAGUGAAUAGAUCAAACUGAAGGAAAGAUCACUGUUGCUGAGCAAUAUUUCGCUAUUAAUAUUUUACCUCGGAUACAUGUAUUAUUUUUGUUGUAAGUUCGAUAUUUUCCAGCCCAUUACUGAUUCUGAGAAAUCAUCUUUGACCUCUGCCAAGCUGAAGUUAAAGAGACUAAACUGAACUUUCAUCGUCCGACCCCCAUCCCAUCCUCUGUUAUAUACAAACCUCCAUGUUUCAUUUUUUCUUCUGUUUUUGGUAGUGUUUUUCUAAACACCUUUUCAUAGGACCUCGUGGUAAGGCCACAGAGACAAAAACAAAAUAGUGUUAUAGUCUGUAGCUCCUGAUACCUAAGCUUUGGUUCCUGUCUAGCUUUGUAUCACCUUCCAGUACCUACCAUAAACCACUGUUAUAUAUCAUACCUUUGUGCGCAUACAGACUACUUCACAAAUCAACUCUUAUAACAAGCUUCAUCUUCAUUAAAUAAAACACAUAAAUGUU